AUGGACAUCUGGAAUGACCCCGACGAUGAGAUUCCUACAGCCAAUGCCGAUACUCCUAUGACCGACAACGAGAGUCCUACAGCCAGCACCGUCGGUCUGGGAUCCCCACCCGUGUCAUCAGACUCCUCCAACUCCUCUGAGCUACGUCCCCCGCUGCGCAAAUCCCCACUCACCCAAGAUCAAAUCGACCGCAUCGCCCUCUACAUACUGUGUAGUGAGUACGUCUCAGCCACCGAGAACAAAAUCGUGGACAUUCAGGUUCACAUUGGACGCGAAUGCGACCAGCCGGGUGCGAAGGGUCUCAAGAAGGAUCUAGCCAAGGCGCAGUCAACCUUACACAAGCUCAAGGAAGAGAAAAAGAGGAACGUGUGUGCGCUCAGUCAAGAACAAGAGAGGCUAAAGAAGUCGGUGGGAGAGGGCGCAGAACUAGCCAAGAAGCAGUUGAAGGAGAUUGAUGUCUAUCUAGAGAGGGUGAAGACGAGGCCCUGUCUGCGCUAA